CCUAUUUCUCAUUGGUGAAUGCGGAUCCUGCGAACGGAAUCCUACCUAUUCUCUGAAUGUCGAGCUUGGAUUCAGAUUUGAGGAGAGGCAUUUAUUCAUAUGCAAUUCUGGAUGAAUUCAUCCAAUUGAUCAUUCUCCAUGCCUAAGGUUGGAUGGAUAAUGUUGACCAGCCACUCAACUGGGGAAAGACUACUGUCUGAAAUCUUCCUGCUAAAGGAAUGGAAUUUCCCUGACCUCGCUUUCUAUAUGGCAAAUAGUGUACGCAGGAAUGUCUAUUUACAGUUAAAGACCCUCCAUGAGCUCCAUAACAUCUGUGGGAAUGUAAGGGGCUAAAAUCACACCUCCAAAACAAUUCUUAACUGCAAAGGAUCUAUUGUUCAUUCACGAAUCUGCAGAUAAUCUUCAAAAAUGCCAGAGCAAAGCAACGAUUACCGGGUUGUUGUGUUUGGAGCAGCAGGAGUUGGGAAAAGUUCCUUAGUCCUGCGCUUUGUUAGAGGAACUUUCAGAGAAACAUACAUUCCAACAAUUGAAGAUACAUACAGGCAGGUAAUCAGCUGUGAUAAAAAUAUUUGUACACUUCAAAUCACGGACACCACAGGCAGCCAUCAGUUUCCUGCGAUGCAGAGGCUGUCUAUUUCCAAAGGGCAUGCUUUCAUUCUAGUUUACUCUGUCACAAGCAAACAAUCCAUGGAGGAAUUGCAGCCCAUCUAUGAGCAGAUCUGUCAAAUCAAAGGGAACAUUCAGAACAUCCCUAUCAUGUUAGUGGGAAAUAAGAGUGAUGAGACUCAAAGGGAAGUGGAGACCACUGAAGGAGAAGCUUUGGCCACAAAGUGGAUGUGUUCUUUCAUGGAGACUUCUGCCAAACUCAACUACAAUGUGCAGGAACUUUUCCAGGAGUUGCUUAAUUUGGAAAAGAGGAGGGCAGUGAGUCUCCAAGUGGAUGGAAAGAAAUCUAAACAGCAAAAGAGAAAAGAUAAACUGAAAGGAAAAUGCUCCCUAAUGUGAAACGCAAGCUUUUUAAAUCACAUCUAUUGCAUGGUGCAACCAGGCAUGGAUUUCAUAGAUUUCCUGUGAAAAAGGGGCCACUUUUACACAGAAUGAUUCAUUUCCUAACAACCUAUGAGACAGAUAAAACAAGUCUUAUAUCAGUCCUCAUCAUAAUGAAUCAAAUUUCAGCAUCAAAUCCCGUCACUGAUGGAUUGCCCUAUCAGCUUAGGUUGUCAGUUAAAAAAGACAUGCUUCUUGCAUUUUCACAUUUAAAUCAUAAUUUCCAUAUGCACAUGGUUAAUGCAACAAAAUAAAUUAAAAUUUUAUCUGCAUGAAUAUUGACUGGAUAAUUCUUAUUUUGCCACAGAACAAAUAUUUUGCAUAAAAGUAAAAUGAUUCAAAUACACUUGAUUGUUGACAAAUUAAAUGCAUUUAAUGUUUUAUUUAUUUCUCUUUUCAAUUUUUAAUUUUGUUCCUUCAAGGCAGUAACUUGCCCUGAUCAUACCACAGCAUUGAUGCACUCCCCUGCCUGGAUGAAUUAACCAUUCUUCAUGCAUCAAUUAGACAACCGGUAUUGGCAUGAUGUUUGAACAUUCUGGACAUUAACGUCUACUACUGUCCUCAUCAACAGUCAUAGAUCUGCAUAUUUCAACAAGGGCAACUAUAGCCAGAACUGAGAAUAUGGUCACAGGUCAAAGGAGUGGCUGUGGUACUCACAUGAGCCCCAGUUAUACCUGUCUCUGUGUGAUAUGUGGAACAUUCCUUGUUUCUGUCCCACUCCAGCCCCCUCCCACAACCCUUUCUCCAGUACAUUGAUGACAUCAUCAGUGCUGUUUCCCUUUGUCAUCUGGAAUUUGAAAAAUUCAUUCUGGAUUAGUGGUGCUGGAAAAGCACAGCAGUUCAGGCAGCUAUUUUGCAUCCAAUUUCCAUUCUGCUCUCAUCUUCAUGGUCCAUCUCUGACUCUUCCUUUCCUUCCUUGACAACUCUUUUACGAUGGGGGAUAGGCUGGCCACUGACAUCCACUAUAAACCCACUGACUCGCACAGUUAACUUGACUAUACAUUCUCACACCCUGCUUCCUGCAAAGACUAUUCAAUUCUCCUAAUUCCUCCACCUCCAUUGCAUUUGUUCUGACGAUGCCACCUUCGACAAGGGGACCUCCAAAAUGUCCGCUUUCCACCUUAACUGAUGAUUCCCCACCACCAUGAUUGACAGGGACCUCAACUGGGUCUGAUCCGUCUUUCGCACUUCAGUCCUCCCUCCUUCUCUUCCCUCCCACAAUAGCGAUAGAGUCCCCCUAAUUCUCACCUAAUAUCCAACCAGCAUCCACAUCCAAAGGAUCAUUAGUUGCCUUUUCUGCCACCUUCAGUGAGAUUCCACCACCAUAAACAUAUUGUCCUCCCCUCCCUUGUCAGCUUUCCGUAGGGACUGUUCUCUCCAGAACACCUUGGUUCACUCCUCUGCCUCCACAGCACCUUCUCAUGCAAUCACAGAAAGUGCAACAUCAGCCUGUUUACUUUCUCCCUCCUCACUAUCCAAAGCCUCAGGCACACCUUCCAGGAUUUAUCUGCACUUUACUGAAUUUAGUCUACUGCAAUUGCCGCUCACAAUGUGGUCUCCUCUAUAUUGGGGAAAUGAAGUGCAGACUGGGUGACUGCUUUGCUGAAUACCUACAUCCUGUUUGCAGAAAUGACCCCAGACCUCCAGUUGCCUGCCAAUUUCAACACACAACUGUAUUCCCUGACCAACAUAUCUCUCACGGUCUCACUGCAGUGCUCCAGUGAAGCUCAGCUGAGUUUUCUCAGCUCAGAGAAAACAGCACCUUAUUUUGGGAACUCUGCAGCCUUCUGGACUCAACAUCAAGUUAAACAAUUUUAUGAUUUGAGGCAUCUUCUCCCAUGCCCUUACCCCAACUCCCACACGCCAGACCUUGUUAUCACAUGGGCUACCACCACAAACAAUCCAUUCUCAGUUGCUUAUGGUCCCCAUUAACAGAUAUUCAUUAUCCUACGCUCUCCUAUACCUGUUCCCUUGUCUGCCAACUGUUUUUCUCUCUCUUUUCAUCACCUAUUGUUUAGUCACUUCUCACCCUCACCCUCCCCCAAUGCCAUCUUCUGCA